CAAGCAAGCUGCUUUCCAUUUCGAAAGAAACGCAUAAUUUAAAAACCCUCGACACGCGCUCUCUCUCUCUCUCUCUAAAGCAAAAAAUAUCUGCAGAAUGGACGCAGCAAAACUAGAAGAAUUGAAGCAAUUUAUUGAACAGUGCAAAUCCAGUCCAUCCAUCCUCGCUGAUCCUUCCCUUUUCUUCUUCCGCGACUACCUCGAAAGUCUCGGCGCUAAGCUCCCCGUCUUUGCUCAAAAGAAGAGCUAUGUUGUCGAGGAGAGCGAUGAGGAAAUGGAGGAGAAGGAAGAGUCACAAGUAGAACCUCAAAUCGAAGAGGAGGAGGAGGAGGAUGAGGAGGAGGAGAUUAUUGAAUCCGAUCUUGAGCUCGAAGGCGACACUGUUGACCCUGAUAAUGAUCCUCCACAGAAGAUGGGGGACCCGUCGGUAGAGGUUACAGAGGAAUGUCGCGAUGCUUCUCAAGAGGCCAAGGCUAAAGCCAUGGAAGCUCUCUCUCAAGGUAAACUUGAGGAAGCGAUUGAACAUUUGACAGAAGCAAUUUCUCUCAAUCCUUCAUCAGCAAUCAUGUAUGCCACAAGAGCUACUGUUUACAUCAAAAUGAAGAAGCCCAAUGCUGCUAUCCGGGAUGCUAAUGCAGCCCUAGAGAUUAACUCGGACUCAGCUAAGGGAUACAAGUCUCGUGGCAUGGCACAGGCAAUGCUCGGUCAGUGGGAAGAUGCUGCCAAGGAUCUUCACCUGGCAUCGAAGUUAGAUUAUGAUGAGGAGAUAGGUGCUGUACUUAAGAAGGUUGAACCAAAUGCACACAGGAUUGAGGAACACCGCAGGAAGUAUGAAAGGCUACACAAAGAGAGGGGGGAUAAAAAAGCUGAGCGUGAGAGGCAACGCCGUCGUGCUAAAGCUCAGGCUGAGUAUGAGAAGGCCAAGGAGCAAGAGCAGUCAUCUUCCAGUAGAAAACCUGGAGGCAUGCCAGGUGGAUUUCCAGGUGGGAUGCCGGGAGGUUUCCCAGGUGCCAUGCCUGGGGGAAUGCCUGGAGGUUUCCCAGGUGGCAUGCCAGGAGGGAUGCCUAGAGGUUUCCCUGGUGCCACGCCAGGAGGGAUGCCUGGAAAUGUUGAUUUUAGCAAAAUAUUGAAUGACCCUGAAUUGAUGUCCGCAUUUAGUGAUCCAGAAAUCAUGGCUGCACUUCAAGAUGUAAUGAAGAACCCAGCUAAUCUUGCUAAGCAUCAAGCAAACCCCAAGGUGGCUCCUAUAAUUGCAAAGAUGAUGGGCAAAUUUGCAGGACCUCAAUGAGUGGUUGUCGAAGUUGACAUUGUGCUUGGGUUAAUCCUUGUGUUUUGAGGUGUCACAGCUUGAUAAAUCUCGUGUAGCUCACUUGUUUUUCAAUUACUGUGUUGGCACGGACCAAGCUACUUGGCUAUUCCUCAUUGCUGUGCUGGGAAUUAUUUUUUUUUUGGACUCGAACGAUUCAUUUCAUAGAAUGGAGAGAAGCGUAGAUUUCAUUCGAAGGUUUUCGGGAGCAGAGAUAUGUUUUAUGACUAGAACAAGAUUUGGCUGCUUUCUCUGUAUGUUCCCAACUGUUGAUAUGCUGUUGCAGACUGCGGGGAUUACAGCUAAGCAAUAAAGGAAAGGCUGCCCCAGUCUUCUAAUCCUUGGAUGUUUGGGAACACAAAACGGGGACGUGCUGCAACACCAGAAGCAACAAUCUAUACAUCCAUACUGGAAUGGAGGGCCUGUAAAAAGAAAACUACUCAAAUAUUUGUUUGACCUCCAAAAUUAGGCGACGGGUGGGCACAAAGAUGAACAUACGGGUUUGGAGCUCUGUUGCCAUCGAAGAAAAAAGUUGCAUUAGGCCGCCUGUUUCCUUUAGUUUCCUGCCAAAAAGUCUACGCUCGCCUAGAGAGUAACAACUUUGUUACAUUACCGUAUCACCAAGGGAGUCGAGCCCCGUUAUUUGGACUUUUGUUUCUGAACCAAGAGUGCGUCUAGUUCUCUUGAUAAGGUUCAAACUUUUACCUAAAAAACUAAACCGUGUUGGUGUUUUAUUGGAGUUAAAUCCAUAGUAAAAUGUAUCUUUGGCUACAAUAAAAUUGUCUUUGUGCU